AUGCAUCGAGCGGACUUUGUCUUGUUCCCAGUCCGAUUCCAUGACUAUCUUAUUGGAGAGGGACCUUAUUGCAAUGUCGAGACGGACAUGGACGACGGUUACACGCUAGGCUUCCCGAAACCACAUAGGACACGGACAUGGCUGCGAACUAUGGUAGUGAGCAUAGCCUUGCUACUAGCAGGAUGCGGGUUUAUCUACUUAACCAAGAGCUAUAUAAUGAUGCUCCUGUACUGGUUACAGGGGCUGAGUAUGAUAGAAGGGAUACUUGUAUUUACACUGCUUUUCUUUCUCGUCUCCUUGCCUAUGACCUGGGGUUACAUUAUCUUUAACGUGGCAGCUGGAUUCCUUUAUGGCUUUCCAAUGGGCAUGUUAACAACCAUGAUUGGCGUGCUCAUUGGGUCAUUUUCUGCUCAUAUGAUAUGCAGAUAUUUUUUUGCUAAAUGGGUCGUCACGAAAAUACAGAACGAUUCUCUACGAGCUUUGAUGAGAGUCGUAGAAGGAAAGAACGGUUUAAAAGUAAUAAUAUUAGCAAGGCUAACGCCAAUACCAUUUGGAGUACAAAAUGGUCUGUUUGCGAUAACCAACGUAAAAACAUUGAGAUACUUAAUUGCGUCUACCUUAGGCUUGAUACCGACGCAAGCAUUAAAUACAUAUAUAGGUACAACAUUGCGGUCAAUGGAGGAUGUCUUAGACCAGCAGUCAUUCAGCGGCUACAUCAUGUUCAUAUUACAGAUUGUAAUCAGUAUCGUUCUAACAUGGUAUGUUGUGAAACGAGCUAGAAAAGAACUGAACCAGACAGUCAAGGCAUACGAGGAUGAAAUGGAGGAACGUGAACGAACUAUUUUAGCUAUGCCGAGGAACCUGGAAGAAGCAGAGUCAAUGGACUCCCUGAACUUAUUGAGUCCCACCAUAUCAUCUGCCAAUGGUAAAAUAAAAAAUAAGUUUUUAUCCAGACAUCAGCGAUCUCAGUCAGCGACAGUUCCUUUAUUAUCGUAUAUAGAUGAAGAAAACCAUGAUGACAGAAGUAAACUCUGACGUCCCUGGUGAAACAUUUUUUAAGUAAUAGGAGAGAUGUAUGGUACAUAACAAGAUAUUAUUAACU